UUCUUCCCUCCGCCCUUUUCUUUUUUCUUUUUCUUUCUUUUUUUUUUUUUUUUUUUCGUUUUCUUUAAGGUGGGGAAAGAGACACACAGGAGACAGGAAGCUGAUCUGCAAGAUUUCCGAGUUGUGCUAAAAGGACUUUGAUUUUUUUUUUUUUUUUUUUUCCUUUACAAACGUUGGCAAUUGACAUCACUACGGACAGCCGGGUAGAGAACAAACUGCCUCAUCCCAAGUGGACCCCAGGCGAGAGCUGGGGAGGCUGUGUGGGGGUUUUCCUACAAAUCCCCCACCUCCCUCUUUUUUUGGUGUGUUUCCUUUUAAAAUUCUUGCUGUGUUGGAACUAGUGAGUGGUGGAAGACUCUCCGAAGCCUCAUCAGUCAUCGGGACUGUCAGGAAUAGUGGUUCCAGAGGAAGCUCGGCCUGGGGCACAUACCCUGUCAUCCAGUUCCCUGCCUCGGAGAUAGAGAUUCCAGCUACAUGGGCAAACGCCUGGAUCAGCCACAAAUGUACCCCCAGUACACUUACUACUAUCCUCAUUAUCUCCAAACCAAGCAGUCCUAUGCACCAGCUCCCCACCCCAUGGCUCCUCCCAGCCCCAGCACAAACAGCAGCAGCAACCACAGCAGCAGCAACAGCAGCGGGGAACAGUUGAGUAAAACCAACCUGUACAUUCGAGGCCUCCCACCAGGCACCACUGACCAGGACCUAAUCAAGCUGUGCCAACCGUAUGGAAAAAUCGUAUCCACAAAGGCAAUCCUUGACAAAAACACAAAUCAAUGCAAAGGGUAUGGUUUUGUAGAUUUUGACAGUCCGGCAGCUGCACAGAAAGCAGUAGCGUCUCUCAAGGCAAAUGGCGUGCAGGCACAAAUGGCCAAGCAACAAGAGCAAGACCCAACAAACCUAUAUAUCUCAAAUCUCCCCAUUUCUAUGGAUGAACAGGAGCUUGAGACUAUGCUGAAACCAUUUGGACAUGUCAUUUCCACAAGGAUACUAAGAGAUGCUAAUGGAGUCAGCAGAGGCGUUGGCUUUGCCAGAAUGGAGUCUACUGAAAAAUGUGAAGUGGUAAUUCAACAUUUUAAUGGAAAAUAUCUGAAAACACCACCAGGCAUCCCAGCCCCUAGUGAGCCUUUACUGUGCAAAUUCGCUGAUGGAGGACAAAAGAAGCGACAGAAUCAAAGUAAAUACACCCAGAAUGGAAGGCCUUGGCCCAGGGAAGGAGAGGCUGGCAUGGCUCUGACCUAUGACCCCACAGCUGCCAUACAGAAUGGAUUUUAUUCUUCACCGUACAGUAUUGCAACCAACCGCAUGAUUCCACAGACACCCAUCACGCCAUUCAUUGCUGCUUCCCCUGUCUCCACAUACCAGGUCCAGAGUACUUCAUGGAUGCCUCAUCCGCCAUACGUUAUGCAACCAACAGGUGCUGUGAUUACGCCAACAAUGGACCAUCCUAUGUCAAUGCAGCCAGCAAACAUGAUGGGCCCCUUGACACAACAGAUGAAUCACCUUUCAUUGGGCACAACAGGAACGAUUCAGUCCCAAGACAGGAUUAUGAUACUCCACCAGCUGUUGUGUCAGUAUAUGACUGCCGCCGCUCCUAUGCAAGGGACCUACAUUCCCCAGUACACGCCUGUGCCUCCGACAGCUGUUUCCAUUGAAGGUGUUGUUGCUGAUACCUCUCCCCAGACAGUGGCACCUUCAUCCCAGGACACAAGUGGUCAGCAGCAGCAGAUAGCAGUGGACACAUCCAACGAGCAUGCACCCGCAUAUUCUUACCAACAGUCUAAACCAUAAACAAGACCGAAUGAAGAAUGUCCGUCUGAAACUCUGCCUUGAAUGAAGAAACUUCAUUGAACAAGAAGUUGGCUUCCAGUUUUGCACAGGCGUCGAUGGAAUGCUUUUUUUUUUUUAAUUUUCUACUUUACCCAAUGAAAACAACGUGUUUUUAUGUGCUGUGCAAGUGGUUCCUUCAUGUGGUCUGACAGUUUAUUUUUUCCAUCAUUCUUUUUAAAGAAAAAAAAUAUCCCAGAAGAGGACAACAAGCAAACAAAGCAAAACAUGGAAGGUUGACAUUUAUCUGGAAGAACAUUUGAAUUCAGAAUUUAUCUGAAGGUGUAGAUAGAUUUUUUUUUUUUAAUGGAAAAUCUGAUGUCAAGAGGUGGGCAAGCAGAAAUGGAAACAAAUUGUCUUCCUCAGUAAUUAAGCUACUCUUUCUUUUUCCCUUCUUGUUUAAAUCUAGUGGGUUGGUUUUUUUAAUUUUUUUUUUCUUAGAAAUAUUUAGGUAAGGUUUAUCUUGAAUCUUAAUUGCCUUAAUUUUAAGGACGUCAAAGGCUCUCGAGGCAAGCUCUCAACGUCUUGUUUAAAAAAGAAAGAAUUGAAAUAUUGUGCCAGCUUUCACUGGUACAGAAGUUUAAGACUAUGAGUUUUUAGGGUGAAAAAAAACUGUACAGUUUAAAAGAAAAUGUUUUUCUUCAUUUGAAGAAAAUUUGUUGAUAAAAGAAACCAUGGCAACUGCAAGAAUUGGGAAAAUGCUGGGACUUCUGAUGAACUUUGUCUUAAGUGUUGAAUCAUUCUAGAAGGCUAAAACAUUUUACGGUAAAGUUAUUAACGUUGGUUUCAAAACAACUGCAUUAGAAAUAAUGCGUGUUUGGGGGGCAGAAUGCAGAUUUUUUUAUUUCUGAAGCGUGAUGGCUAGCAAAAGCUUUAGUGCUUUUUAUCUGCAGUCUUUUUUAUGAGCUUUACAAACUUUUUAGUCAGCUUUGCUUGUCACAUUGCAAAACCUAGCUUAAGAGCAUUAAAAAAAAACAAGUAGAUAGGAGCUUAUGGUCAAAAAGUGAAAAAAAAAACAAAACACAAAAAAACAAAAAAAGCAAUAGAUAGAGAAAUUGUUGACAAUUUCUGUAGUCUUUCCUAGUUGUGAUCAAAUUCAGCCUAUGGAUGGCCUAUUUUAUACCAAAGAUGAAGUGGCACCCUAUUGCAGUCCAGAAGAUAGAGGUUGUUUUUCUUUUCUUCUCUUUUCUUUUUUAAAAUUUUAUUUGACCUACAUGGCCGGACCAGUUCUUACUUUGUUGUUUGUUUAAACUACCUUCCACUGGUGUUUUACGUACUGCAAAAAAAAAAAAGUUUUUAUUUUAAAUGUAUUUUUGUUGAUAGUAGAAGCUUGUUCCUGUGUGGUCAGCAAUUUCAGCACCAAGAGUUCUGGAUUCCAACCAAUAGAGCCAAAUGGCUUUAAAUUCCACGUGCUUUUCUGGUUCCUUCCUAGCUCUCUUGAAUUGUGAAGCCUGUAUUGACGGCCACCAAUGAGCUAAAACACUUGUUUAACAGGUUGAAACUUCUUUAUAUGAAUUUUGAACUCAAGAUACUCCCUGAACUGGUCUGAAAGAUCACCUGUCAAAAAAGCUCAGUGAUGCUCUGUUGAUUGGCUAGUGGUCUCCUGAAAAGGUCUCACUGUAUUUGUAACAACAGUCUUCCUUCUAAAUUCCCGCACUUCUAGAUUUUGUCUUCUCGCCUCAGUCUUUGUCAUCAUCUACCGUGAAUAGCCAUCUUGACUCCGCAAUUGGGGAGGGGAUAUCUUUUUUUUUUUUCUUUUUUGCCUCUUUUCAUUGUAUUUUCAUAUCCUGGUGUCAUCAGAAGAAAGAGAAAAUAGACUUUUUAAUUUCAGUUUAGCUCCCUGAGGCAAAUAGGACCAAUAAGAUUGAGGAUUCUAUUAGUGGAAUUUAGGUAAGCUUUUAAUGCUAGUUGACAAUCAAGAAAUUGUAUGAUUUAUAUGAAUAAGAACCCAAAUAAUUAGAUUUGAUCAAUUAUUAAAGCCAAAGGCGAUAUAUUUGCAUUGAGAAUGAUGCAAAACAUUGUCUAAAAUGAAUUAACUUGACUUACCAAACAUCUCUGCAUAUUUGAGUCAUGAAAUCCAUGUUCAACCUAUACAGUUUUACCUGAAAUGAAGGACAGUGGAACUUUGUUAAUUGACCCAUGUGCUAGAAUGGCUUUCUAAUGUAUCAUUAGAAUCAAUAGGUGAAAUUCUUCUCACAAAGUCACAGGAACCUGUCUUAGUCCAGAAGGAAGAGGGUAAUGCAUACAGUGCACUGUAAAAGAAAACAGGGUAGGUGUUUAAAAACUAAAAUAUUAAAAAGUAAAGCAUAUUCCCAUUAGGUCAACAUGAGUAAUGAGUUUGACUCAUAAAAAAAUAAUCAAUAUUCUACUAUUUAUGACCUGUAAACAAAGGCCUAGUGUUGAAAUAAAUCCAAUUCUCUUAUUUGAAAAACCCCAUGAAUUGAAAGCUCAUUAUCUAGAGAGUGAUUCCAUAUCUUUGUGGUCCAAUUAGAGGCAAAAAUAUAGCUAAGGCAAUGUAGCAUGUGCUACGAAAAAGUUUCAACUGGUCACAGCCAUCCUUAUGAUUUUCCAUACUUUAGAGAGAAUCCUAAAUUUAUACUUUCUUCUGUUCCAUUUUUCAGCUUUUUUCUGUUCCAUUUUUCAACUUCUCAUGUAUUUUAAGGGUGGCACUUAAGUUUUCUCUUUGAGAAAUGGGCCCCCAAGUUAGUGGGGGAUGAACAAACCUGUAUAGGAGCUGUGCUUUUUGUUUCUCUUUUUCAGUCUCUGAACUCUUUGUAUAAAUAAGGAUUAUCCUGGGCAUAAUUCAUUUGAAUAUGAAAUCAACAUGCUUUCUUUUUCUUCUGUAAAAAAAGAAAACAAAACAAAACUUAAUGUGAUACAAAGAAAGUCUCAUUUACACAAUCAACAAUGAGACUAAGAGGUAGCUACCAUGUGGCUGAUGAAUGUGCCUAGGUAACUUCCUAUUUCUAUUCAAAACUACUGCUUUAUUUAUACAUUCAGCAACAUUUUUUUCAACUAUAAAAUUUCAAUAAUCUCAAUUUUUUUAAACCACUUCAGGCAAAUUUUAUCAUUUUGCCUAUGUCAUUUUAUGUGUCCAUGUGUGCUUUGUGUUUGGAUUUUUUAUAUUAGGCCAUUCUAUAAAAUAUUUUAAAUCUAAAAGGAAAAAAAAGAAGGAAAAAGUGGCACAUGUUCAAAUUUACACAUCAUCUCACCUAAAAAUUGUUUUUAAGAAUCAAGUCUGGGGAAAAAAUAAAAGCAUCAACAGGUAAGCAUUGUAUGAAAAGUAAAACAAACUUCACUUUUCAUACUUUACAUUGUAUGAAAAGUAAAACAAACCAAAACGUGUGUUCAGUACAUACAGACAUCAGAGUCCUAAUUUAAUCAGCAAUGUAGAUUAUGGUGACUUUAACCCAAAUUAGGACUACAAUCAUUUUUUAAAGUAUUCUGUUUCACAGUACUUCAAGCAUUUAUUCAGAUGUUUCCAUUUUUCCUUUCAAUUGUAAUUGCCAAGACUUAGCCUAAAUGUCAGGAAACAAACUAAAACCACAAUCCAAAUGGGAUAAAAAUCAUCUCCUCCAAACUCUAGUUCCAUGGUCAGUGGAGGAGUAGGUAUUCUUUUAAUAACGAGGAGGUAUUGUCAGGAAGGAAGUCUGUAUAGUGACUGGGAGCUCCUUAGAGCCUGGCCAUGUCUUCUGAAGACAUCAGGAAACCUAGGUGAACUAAAGGUAAUACUUGGAGGGUGGGCGCCUGUUUGUCUUUCAACACGGGCAUGUCUUGAAUAUUGCAAGUCACAUGCUAUUCUAAAAAUAAUCUACCUGACUGCAGUUUGGUCAGGGUUAGUCUGUUUCCUUGGUAGAUUUCAAUCAUUCAGAUGUUGUUGCCAUGCUUCACUUGAAUCAAUUCUCCUGUGACCUUAACAUCUGCCACAUUUGACAGCAUAUAAGACUCACUUCCAUCCCUCUUAAUGAAAAACUACAUGGUGUUAAAAGCGUCUGUAUCAGAGAUGGAAAGCCCAGGGUAGGAGAAGGCUAGGUGGAGCAGGAAGUUUGCUGUACCUACAGAGUCCAUCAACCCCUUGCAAAACUGUUUUAUAAUCAUUUUCAGUCCAUGUAUGAGAAAAUAAAAGUACUAAAAGUACUUUUUUUUAACUUUAUUUGAAUAAUUGGGGUGUCUGUUAUACACACACACACACACACACACACACACGCCCACCUAUGAGUCUUUCACAGUGGCCUAAAAUUCCAAUUAAUGAAAGUUGAGUUGUGAUUAUGACCUUUGCAGUCUUCUUUAAGCUUGAGAAAAAGUUUCAAUGCACUGUCGAAACAGAUGAUAAUCUUAGUAGGAGACUGAAAAUACAUUUGACAAUUCAGUCUCAUUCUUAAUCUGAGUGCAGGAACCACUGCAAGAUGAGCUGAUCAGCCGAGAGAAAUUUUUAAGUGGGUUUCAGUGAUAAAUGUUUUUAUAUGAUAUAAAACCAAAUGAAAGUAUAAUAUUUAUGUAGGUGUAUAACAACAUUCAGCACAUUGGAAGAAUCACACUUCAUAAUCAAGUUUAAACAUGUCAUAGAGCCUUGAUCUAUAUUCUCUUGUCCACAGUAGGGAGUAAGGAUGAGAUUUUGUUUUUCAUGUUGUGACUGGCAUGCUUCAAACUUCUGAGCUUGCUGGGACUGACAUCCCCUCAUUCCAAUUUGAGGGACUGACGGGCUUGAAAAAGGCUCGUUGAUCCUGUGUAUGAUACCCCUUCUGUGACAGAGUAAUAAUGGGAUUUCAUUAGUGAAUCAAUUUGUUUUGCAGAUGACACCUACUGUGGCAUUGGAAGACAGCUGAGUCUGACUCAAAUUGAACAUUUCUUACAAAAUAUUCUGAAACUUGAAAUUGGUCCCUUAAUCCAAGUGCUCUUGUUCAUGGCUCUCCUCUGUGGAGUACAUAGAGUUCAGGAAAGUACAAAAGAACAAAAUCCCUGAGUGGCCCAAAUGAUCUAUGUUGAUGUAAGGCAGGGGAGCUCAGCCCAGAUUGGUGAUUUCUUUUAUCUCUGGUUUUAUACCUCAUUACCUAUGCUGUCACAUAAAAAAGGAUGGAUGGCUUCUCCAUAUUUAUUUCUAUUUCUGGGAGGGAAAAUAAACUUUUUAGAAAAGCGUCUUCUACGCAGAAGCUCUAAAGUUGAAGCAGGGGUGAGAUCGAUCUUGGAGUCUGCAGGAAGACCCAACCACUAGGCCACUGGGUCAUGCUUUUCUUCCACUGUAUUCCCUCCAGUUAGUGACUGCCCUGAAGCCCCAGUCCUGCAGAAAUACAAUACUCCCAAAUUUUGAAGGGCUAAUCAUCUACUUUGUGCACCUGUUUUGUCUUCUCUUUUCAACUAUUAGGACUUGGGCUCUAUUUCCUCCUAUUAGCAUUUCACCCUGAGGAUGGAAAAGGAAACAUUUGGAAAUAAUAUUCAAAUCUGUCUAUUUUGUUCCUUAGGUAUUCAUUUAUUGAAGCAGUUUGAAAUCAUUGGUAAAAUUAAUGUCAGUGCAUUAUAUUCUGUGGGAUUUUAAUAUCCAUAAUGUCCCUUUCCCAUCCACCACAAACAAUUGAGAGUUGGCUGUAUUCUUGCAGAAUAUAAAGGAAAAAACUGUAGCAAAGAAUUUGGCUUCCCUCAAAAGAAAGCUAUUUUGGAUUUGUUCACUAUUGAAAUUUGAACCAGUAGAACAGGUCAACUCAAAACUGAGUUAUGGGAAUAUAGUAACAGCCCUUGAUUAAAUAUGCACUCUUAUCCCUAUCUUAAAUCUUGGACCAAAAAAUUGCAGUGUUUAUUUUUUGACUUUGCAUUACAGUAUUAAGGCUUUAAUGACCUUGACACUCCGGUGGAUUUUUUUAAAAAUAAUUAUUUCAAGUUUAAAUAGUACCCAAAGUGUAAUUUUAGGAUUGUACCGUGUAUUUUAAACUCUCUGGUCUUACAUUAUUAAGAAAGAUGCUCUGUCCUCCUCCCCAAAAUAUGUUAUUUCUUCAUAUAUAAAAAAGGAGUUAUUCCAUAGUUUUCAAGAACUAUAAAAACUAUUUCAAAAGAGACACUUGAAGAAGUUUUUACCAUUCUGGGAAUUAUUGCUUCCAUAUAGUUAAAAAGAAGAAUGUAAUUGGAAUCUUAAUUUUAAAAAUAUAUAUGUAAAAGUGUACUUGCUAUGAAAUAGUUUCUAAAAAAGGAAAAGGGACACAGCUUCUUUUAAAACCCUUGUUUCAGGCCAUAUAUGACUUCAUAGAAUUUCCAAAACAUCAUUCAAUUUUGAAUUUUAUUUAAGAGCAUUUUGUACUGCUGUCUCUGUCAUGGAAAAUUCUGUAAUUCUACAGUGUUUCUGGCUUUAUUUUUAAUUUUUUCAUCUGUACCACAGUCAAAUUAGCUACCAUUUUCCCCAUUCCUUGGGCUUUCUGUAGAUCAGUGGAUGUUAGGUUUAAACUUCUGUUUUCUUUGAUGAAGCUUUCAAUAAAAAAUGAAAAUAAAAUCAA